AUUUAUUUAAAGCACAGAAAUGUUGCCUAACCUUGACAAUUGCGUACGAUUUUAACCACAUUUCAAUGUGUGCACCUUGUAGUUCGAAUGGUUGUUUGUAUAACUUAGCCGGACCAUGCAUAUAUGAUCCCACGUUUUCAAAGUUAUCUCAAUGCAACAUAUCUCUAACUCAUGCUCUUAGACUGGCAUUUAUUAAGGUAGAAAAUGAAUAUCCCGGUUUUAGCGAACAGUUCAUAUUGCGCUUAUUAGAGCGUCUUGGCGUCGAUAUUUCAGUUGAUAUGCCGGAAACAUAUUUGAAGAUUGCUAGCUUACCCACUCACUAUCUUGAAAAGCAGAAUGCAGCUUUUGGCGAAAUAGAAGCUUCGGCAAAUCUUUUAAGGUUACAUUUGAGUAAGAUACCGGAUGAAAUUUGUAGUAGUGAUUGUUUUACCUCCCUAAUAAGAGAGAUUGCAAAGACUACAGAACACUUUUUGGAAUCCUUGUCUUCUCAGUGUAACCACCGCUCAAGACUUAAAACAUUGAUUCACUUGAAGUUUGUGUUCAUUCAGUCGUGUAAGGAGUUUACCAAGACACUAAAAACAUUUUCUCAUGACCAGAAUGAAAUUCCAGUUCUUAUUCAAGCCAAUCAUCUAAUGCUAUGCACAAACACUAUUCUUGACGCUAUAUACUCUUGUGAUAAAUGACGGUGUGUUGACCAACCCGAUUUUGGAUUCACUGGCAAUCCCCGUAUUUCAGCACUACUGAUUGGUUUCCGCAUAUCUCUGCUUCACUGCUCGACGAUGACUAUCAAAUUAAAGAAAACGGGUUGGUCAAAAAUUCAUUCUGUGCACGGACAAAAAAUGCAUUUCGUGUAUUUCUACGCCCAUCAAAAAUUACUAUUCAACUUGCAUUGAUUACUAUUGCUAUUCUUUACUAUUUAUCCUAUGUAGUUACUGUUAAUGAUACUAAAUCGUUGUAUGAUUAUCUUCCGAGCUUAUUUUCUUCUAAUGAUGAAAAGUGGAGUCUUAACUUACAAUACGUGUACAGACUCCUUCAGCCUAUUUCUGCGCACAUACAGAGUGCAUUUACAAAGUGAGAUAUUUAACUAUAUGAAUUAAUUAUCUUUAGAUUUUCGUUUUCCAUGUUUUGCUCAAUUUUCGUUUAUUUUAUUUUGUUGUUUUGUUUUUAUUUUUGAUGCCAUUUGAAAUCACAAUCAUCAUUUGAUUAUUUCAUUUGUUUAAAUAAUUAAUGCCUUACUAUACUCUUGACUACUAUCAGUUUGUGUAGAUUAACAUUUUGUUCCAAUGAGCAGAUGUUUAAUCGAUUAUUUUUUUUCAUAUUGAGGCGCCUUAAUUUUAAGGUGAUUUUUGGUGUAAUUCUUACUUCUAUUGGUAUUAGAUUUACCCCCCCCCCCGCCGGGGCCUCCAAAAAUAUAGAAGUGUCCGGUUUUUUAAGCGUUUUCAGACUUCAAUAUAGC